AUGCGGAACGGUGCCGUCUCCCUUGGGUCGACAGGCGUCGAGCUGCAUCAGCCCCGAAAGAGGAGCCGCCUCCGCGUGGGAGUGGGGCUGGAGACGGCGCGCCCGGCUCCCCCCACGCACCCCUCCACGCCCUCCACAGGGAAACUGGCUGCGGCUCCUCGUGAGGCGGACUGCGCGGCCAUUGGAGGGCAGCCGCCAAUCGGUUCGCACUUGGGAGCCGCCUCCACGCGCCCGGCCGCUUCCGACGUAGGGUAUUCCGACGCCAGAGCCGCCAUUUUGGAAGCGGGCUCGCCCUCCCCACCCCCCAUCCCUGGGAACUCGCCUGCGGGCCGGCCAGCCAGCCAGCCGGGGUCGGUCCCAGGAGCGCCCGCCGCGCCACAACACGAGGGGCCCGGGAGGGAGGGGUCUGUGGCGGGGGCGGCUCGGCUGGACCCGCGGAUCCGCCCCGCCGCCGCGCUGCGCUCCGCCCGGCCCUGCGCAGUCCAGCCGCGCUGCCUCUUCCUCCGCCAGUGGCGUGACGGCCGACCAGCUCCGCGGGCCAGCAGCGCGACGAUGGGGGCGAGCGGCGGCGGACGCGGAUGCGGGGCGCCCCGGCGGGCGCGGGCGCUGCUGCCCGGGCUGCUGCUGUUCGUGGCGGCGGCGGCGGCGGCGGCGGCGCUGGCGGGGCCGGGCGCGGGGCGGCUGGAGGAGCUGCUGCCCGCGGCCGGCGUCCGCUUCGGCUGGGCCAACCUGAGCUGCCCGGCCUGCAAGCUCCUCUUCACCGCCAUCGACGUCAGCAUGCAGCUCGAGACCAGCAAGGACCGCAUCCAGGAAGUGGCGGUGGGCGUCUGCGUGAAGCUGCACCUGGCCCCGCCCCCAGUCUGCCACGAGAUCAUCCACCUCUUUGAGCAAGACGUGCUGACCGCCUGGACCCGCUCCGUCCUGCGCCCGGCCGAGAUCUGCGGGCUCCUGGUGGGCACGCACUGCGGGCACUGGGACAUCUUCUCGGGGUGGAACGUCACGCUGCCGGAGACGCCCAAGCCGCCGGUGCGGCCCCCCGUGCCCCCGCCCCCAGGCAGCCCCACCGCCCGCGUGCUCUUCCUCACCGACCUGCACUGGGACCGGGACUACACGCCCGGCAGCGACCCGCUCUGCAAGGACCCGCUGUGCUGCCGCGGGGGGCGGCCGCGGGGGGCGGGGGCGGGCCACUGGGGCACGUACGGCAAGUGCGACCUGCCCCUGCACACGCUGGAGAACCUCUUGCAGCACGUGGCGGCCGCCGGGCCCUACGACAUGGCCUACUGGACCGGGGACAUCCCGGCCCACAACGUCUGGCAGCAGAGCCGCGGUGACCAGCUGCAAGCCCUCGGCACUGUCACCGGCCUGAUCCAGAAGCACCUGGGACCGCUGCCCGUCUACCCUGCCGUGGGCAACCACGAAUCAGUGCCGGUCAACUCCUUCCCCCCACCCUACGUGCACGGGAACCAGUCCUCCACCUGGCUGUACUCCGCCAUGGCCGAGGCCUGGCACCAGUGGCUGCCUCCCGAUGCCCUGGCUACCCUGAGAAAAGGCGGCUUCUACACCCUCUCGGUCCUGCCCGGCCUCCGCCUCGUCUCGCUCAACAUGAACUUUUGCUCAGAGGCCAACUUCUGGCUACUGAUCAACUCCACAGACCCAGCCGGGCAGCUGCAGUGGCUGGUGGACGUGCUGCAGAGGGCAGAGGCCAGUGGAGAAAAGGUCCACAUCAUCGGACACAUCCCCCCCUCGCACUGCUUGCACGCCUGGAGCUGGAACUACUACCGCAUCAUCAACCGAUUCGAGGGCACCGUGGCCGGCCAGUUCUUCGGGCACACCCACCUCGAUGAGUAUGAGAUGUUCUACGACGAGGAGACGCUCACCCGCCCGGUAGGCAUCGCCUUCGUGGCCCCCAGCGUCACCACGUACUACAACCUCAACCCAGGAUACCGUGUCUACCACCUGGACGGCAUCUACCCCGGCAGCUCUUACCUGGUGCUGGACCACGAGACCUUCAUCCUGAACUUGACGCUGGCCAACGUACCGGGCGCCCGGCCCCAGUGGGAGCGCCUCUACGGGGCUCGGGAGACGUACGGCUUCCCCACCGCCUUCCCAGCGGACUGGGACCAACUCUUGCGCCGUUUCCAGGCCGACGAGGCCCUCUUCCAGCGCUUCUGGUACCUGAGGCACAAAGGCCGGCUGCCCCACGAGCCCUGCGGCGACGUCUGCAAGGCAGCCCUGUUGUGUGCCCUCCGCACCGGCCGGGCCGGCGACCCCAGACUUUGCCAGGCCCAGACCCUGAGAGUGCCCUUUGCCGAAAUCCAGGCUCGGUGGCGGCGCCAGCGGUUAUGCUAGCGGCAAAGGGGAGAGAUGCCCGGCAGGAGUUUGUGGCGACAGCUGCUGCCCAGGGCCCCCGUGGGCCUCUGCGCGUGUGGUUUGCCCAGUGCAGGGAGGCCCUGCCUGUGGUGGGCACAGAGGCCUCCACCCACCUGCCUCUCACUCUGAAGUAUUCCCAGGACUUCUCUCUGGAAGCACCUGCUGGCCACCAUGCCAUGCCCGUCCUGGGGUGGGCGGGCCACUGUUUGUGGCCGUGGGACCCCUUCCGGGGGCGCUGGGGCCUGCCCGUCCAUUCCGGCUCCGGAAAGGGUUGCGCAGCUGGUGGCGGAGCGAUUCUCCUGGCCAGAGGGGUCCGGAAAGGAGGCUGCCCUGGACGUCGCCCUCCUGCAAGCUCAAAGCCCAAGGCGAGGCACCCCUCCCCCGGCUAACCACGGGCUGGCAGAGGGGGCUGGCCCCACCUUCGCCCUCCCGGCUCUGCCUUUGUCCACACGGGGUUUGUGUGCUGCUCCGGGGGGCCUGCAGGAGGCAGGUUCCCUCCGCUGCUGCUCACCCUUGGCCCCUUUUCCUGAGGGGGGGGGAGCCACUGCAGCCACCCCUGCCUUCCCCCGAGCCCAGACCUGGUGAGCCGCAGCUCACACAGAUGCACAUGCAGCUGUUUCAGCCGUGGGCUGCUCCUGUCAGUGUUCAGAUCAGUGUUCAGAUGUGCUCCUUCGCUGUUGCUCUCCUUAAUAUGCAGUUCCUCCCCCCCCCCCCCCCCCGCUGAAGGUUCC